GGGAGAGAGAGCCGGGCGCUCUGUCGCACUGCCGGAAGACAGCGUCGCGCUUUGCGGCUCGGCUGCCCCUGAGAAGAGGCUGGGAAGCCCCGUUCGGCCUUUUCCCGGUGCCGCCGCUGAAGGGAGGGAGCAGCCAUGCCGGCCAAGGGCCCCCUGCAGAGCGUCCAGGUCUUCGGGCGGAAGAAAACAGCAACUGCUGUUGCCCACUGCAAGAGAGGAAAUGGCCUCAUUAAAGUGAAUGGAAGACCUCUGGAAAUGAUUGAGCCCAGAACUCUGCAGUAUAAACUGCUUGAACCUGUCCUCCUCCUGGGGAAGGAACGGUUUGCUGGUGUUGACAUCAGAGUCCGUGUAAAGGGUGGUGGCCACGUAGCGCAGAUCUACGCUAUCCGUCAAGCUAUUUCCAAAGCAUUGGUGGCUUACUAUCAAAAAUAUGUUGAUGAAGCUUCUAAGAAAGAGAUCAAGGAUAUUCUAAUCCAGUAUGACAGGACUCUGCUGGUUGCAGAUCCUCGCCGUUGUGAAUCCAAGAAAUUUGGAGGACCUGGUGCUCGUGCACGCUACCAGAAGUCUUACCGUUAAAAUUGUUCUACGGUCAUGUGACAGUCAAUAAACACAAAGAAAAUUUGAUAAA